CUACACUACACGCCAUGACCAUGCAUUUGUGCUCGAAAAGCCACAAGAUUCCCACACGGUAGCAAUGCUCGGACUUCUACUGCCCGUAAUACUUACACUAAUACUGCUCGCACCUUGGCUGGUUCCAUUUGUGCUCCGAAAAUGCGGCGCUCUUGCGGGCUGGUGGAUAUCUACCAAGACGGAUGGCAGGAGGCAGACCUUAGUCGCUUCGAGUAAAGCAGCAAAUCAUGAGCAGGACAAGCGACGAUCAUCUUCAAGUGAUGACGGUGACUGGGAGAAGCUGGACGGAGUGUCGAGCUCUAGGAAAGUAGAGUCGGACAGGAGUUGGAAAGGCGUAGUUGGCUUUUUUCACCCAUUCUGCAAUGCUGGUGGAGGCGGCGAGCGAGUUCUUUGGGCAGCCAUACGAGCGACACAGUUGCGAUGGCCAGAAGCUGUGUGUGUCGUGUACACGGGCGAUCACGACGCGAACAAGACCCAGAUCAUCACUCGAGUUCAGGAUCGCUUUAACAUAACACUUAAUCUGUGCACUCUCCAUUUUCUCUACCUCUCGGCUCGCCACUGGGUGCUCGCUUCCUCUUGGCCUCGUUUCACACUGCUGGGGCAAUCUAUCGGCUCAAUAGUGCUUGCCCUGGACGCUUUCAACCUUCUUGUACCAGACGUAUUUGUCGAUACUAUGGGCUACGCCUUCUCACUAUGGCUCUGCAAAUUCCUGUUCCCCUCCGUUCCGACAUGCGCGUAUGUUCACUAUCCGACGAUCUCGACAGAUAUGCUCCGAUCGCUUGACUCAGAAGUAAAAGAGCAUGGCAUAAACGCUGGGGCAGGUAAAGGCUUCAAGGGAACCACCAAAAAGGCAUACUGGAAGUUGUUUGCUGGUCUCUACUCACGAGUGGGUGGCAGUAUUGAUGUUGUGAUGACGAACUCCAGCUGGACACAAAGUCACAUUAUAGACCUCUGGGGUCCAUAUCGAAAACACAAGCGCCGAGUUACACCGAAUGGAACAGGUCAUGAUAUAUCUGUAGUCUUCCCUCCUGUUGCAGUGGAAGAACUCGAGGCCGAAGUUGAAGUCACAGCUGCGGCUGAAAAGAACCGCAAACCGCACUUGCUAUACAUAGCGCAAUUUCGACCUGAAAAGAAUCACUCUCUCAUUGUAAACGCUUUUGCUCAACUGAUUACCUCCAAAGCUUGGCCUGCGGCAGAUCGUCCUAAGCUGGUUCUUGUGGGCAGCGUGCGUGAUGACGACGAUAAAAAGAGGGUCUACAAGUUACGACUCUUGGCACAUGAAUUGCAAAUUAGGAAUGAUGUCGAGUUUGUAUGCGAUGCAAGUUGGCCGCAGGUUUUGGAUCGGUUAAGAACUAGCAGCGUCGGAGUUAAUGGCAUGUGGAAUGAGCAUUUUGGAAUCGGGGUAGUGGAGUAUCAAGCUGCGGGGCUGAUAAGUGUGGUCAAUGAUAGCGGAGGACCGAAACUGGAUAUUGUGGUAGAUAUAGAUGGGGGUGCCACAGGCUUUCAUGCAUCAACAGCAGAAGAGUACGCUGCCGCGUUUGCCAAAGCUCUUGCGCUAGGCAAUUUGGAAACCUUUGCGAUGCGACAACGGGCAAGAAAAAGUGCGACAAGGUUCACGGAGCAGGCGUUCGCAGAGAAGUGGGUCAAGAACAUGCAGACACUUGUUACGCUUCAAAAGCAGCUUAGACCGACCAAGCAAUAAUCAAUCUGUUGGACGAGUAGAGUGACGUGGUAGUAUAUAAUCCCGCAGGAUGGCGCAGCGUAUACCCCAAAAAGAUGAAAAUUAUCGAUAAGUAUAUCUCUUCUAUCUACUUAACGUGUAAGAUUAAGGAAAACUAAUAACCGUG